CAUCGCACUCCGGAACUGCGGCAUUCCAGCUUGUUUGGUGCUAUAGCAGCUCAGAGUACGGGCCUCAGGGCGUGCAAGUGGAAGUUAGCACACAUUGGAACGUGUGCUAUGGUGAUCCAGCCACGCGCUUCAUCAGUAGAUCUACCGUGGAAGGUGCGAGAUGCUCCACAGAUUCGCCCGCGGUUGACCCUGGCCCCCCACUACUUGAGCUUCCACUCCACAGGAGCUCCGACUAUCGUACACCAUCUCACAUUAAUCAACUCGAGUAUUUCACCAAGCCACUAGAAGUGUUUGACAAGCUCCGCUAGGCUUGAAAACACUCUAUAACCUGCUGUAAAGCUCCAAACACCACGCUCACACCACAUCGCCACGUCCACUAUGUCAGAUCAAGAACAGCUCGUCGCCAUGGGCUUCGAUCCCGAGCGCGCUGCACUCGCCCUCAAGGCCAGCGGCAACCUCCAGGGCGCCCUUGAUUGGAUCGAGAAGAACCAAGACCGCGCUCUCGACGAGAUCAAAGCCGAGCAGGCCUCUGCCGCCGAAGAGCCACCCGAGCUGCAGCCCGGCGAAGAAGCAAAAUCGCUCGUCUGCGAAGACUGCGGCAAGAAGUUCCGCUCUGUUGCACAAGCUGAAUUCCACGGCAGCAAGACUGGGCACGAGAACUUCGCCGAAUCAACCGAAGAGAUCGCGCCGCUCACCGAGGAGGAGAAGAAGGCACGUCUCGAGGAGCUGAAGACCAAGCUUGCGGCGAAGCGCACCGCACAGGCUGAGCAGGACAAGGAGGAUCGCAAGAGGAACGAGCAGAUUCGCAUGAAGUCCACCAAGGAAUCGCAAGACAUUAAGGAGGAGCUGCAGAAGAAAGAGCGCAUCAAGGAAGCCCAGGCCAAGCGCGCAGAGAAGCUAGCAGACCAGGAGGCAAAGCGCAAGGUGCUGGCCAAACUCGAGGCAGACAAACAGGAGCGCAAGAGGAAGGCCGAGGCGGAGAAAGCUGCGCGCGCUGGCCAGGCUCCUCCUCCGCUCAAGCAGGAGACGGGCCCUACGUCCUCUGGCCCCACGACGAGCAAGCCCGCGAGCGCGUACACCGAGGCGAGACUGGCGUUGCAGACAGCUGGCGGGCGCGUCACGAAGACAUUCCCUGUCGAGACGACGCUGUUCGAGGUUGCGCAUGCGCUGGAGCAGGAUGGCACGACGGUCAACACAUUUACGACCAACUUCCCCAAGAAGACGUACGAUAGGAGUGAUUUCGGUCUGACGCUCAAGGAGACUGGUAUGGUUCCCAGUGCCGCCGUGAUCAUCGGUUAGGUCCUCCAGCGACACGUCUCGCUACGACUGUUACGAAAAGAUGCAUUGGGGGCGUUAGGGGCGGGGUUCAUGAUGGUACAGAUAUGUGCAUCUGUCCGGAAGAUGUCAGAAGUCUGCUACGAGAGAUGCAGCGGUGGCAUGCAGACACAAGGAUCUAAUAGAAUAUGUCUGCCAUAGAAAACGUGAACACAUUCUGAGGACUUCUUCCAUCCCCAAGCGGUCAGACCUUUUUGUCACAUGCAGUAAUACUUGUAAUCUCUUA